AUGCAGUACAAACGGGAUCGUUUUCAUUUCGAUAGUGUCACCAGUCAAAAGGAUAUGCUCGAAGAUUUUACGGGACGGUUCAGGGAAAUGCUACCAUCCGAAACCCAGGAUCGGAUCGCAAUGUUCAUUUUGUUCAUAUUGCUGCCGUUAGGAUUUCUAUUCGAAAUAUUUGCGGUAUUACCGACUGAGCAUGAAGUGAUGUCGAAGGGCUGGAAUCUAAGAGUUGGUGUAUUAAUGUUAUUCGGAUUAAAUGCCUUUGCUAAUGUGUAUAACGUUAUAUCAAUCGGACCAAAUGGCAAUUGUUCCGAUUUGCCAGCGGUGCAAAAGCGAGGAUAUCGAUUUUGUCAUAACUGUCAGCUAAAUGAACCUCCACGAUCGCAUCAUUGUCCAGUCUGUGAUAGAUGUGCAUUUCGACGUGAUCAUCAUUGUUCGUUUGUUGCCGUAUGUAUUGGACACUUCAAUCAACGAUAUUACAUUAGUGCUAUUUGCAGUUUGUGGAUUAUAUCCUCUGUUAUGUUGAUGUGGAAUUGGUCAUUCAUGUGGACAACACUUGGUGGUUUUUCAGUGUUACAGCUGUGGGAAUUGAUAGUGCCUCAUUUGGCAUUAAUCCUUCCUCAGCUUUUUUGCCUUUACCGAGGGCAGACACGUAUGGAAUAUCUUAUGGAUGUUCAUGCAUAUAAUCUUGGAUUUAUGGAAAACAUACGUCAAGCUAUGGGUAGACGUUGGUUAAUAGCAUUGUUAGUCCCGUUUAUUUCUUCACCGCUUGAUUCUGAUGGUCUGUCAUAUCCAACACGUGAAUCCAAGCCAUUGAAUGAUAUGAAGACUAUGUGA